CAAGAGGGAGGACAUGUUGAAUUGGAUUUGUAAGUGAGAUAGUUAGAUGUGGGAGGAAGGGAAGAAUAUUAUGGGACGAAACCUCCCACUUCCAGAAGAACAAAAACAAAAGUUGAUCUUUAAUUACUCCAUUAUGGUCCCCAGUACCUUCCAGAGCGUGGUCUCAAUAACCCACAUCACCACCGCCGCCCUCUUACAAAUCGACGAUGUAGUCUUCCUCACCGAUCCCGUCUUCGGCAAAGCAGGCAUCAAACAUGACCUUUCUCAUCUCUUCCCAAAUACCACAGAGCCUAUCUUCACCAGCAGUCUCGAAAUCCCAGCUCUGAGACUAGAUCAGCCCCCCCACAUCGACGCCAUCCUACUCAGCCACGAAGACCACUGCGACAACCUUGAUCCGACUGGGCGACAGCUCCUCGACGGCAGGAAGUUGGUUACAACGAUCAACGGUGCAAAGAAUCUAGCUUCACGACCGGGUGCUUUGGGGGCAAAGCCGUGGGAAACGCAGACGCAUUUUAUUCAGGGCGUUGAGUAUCAAGUUACAGGUACGCCGUGCGUGCAUCUUCCUGGUGGAGAAGUCACUGGGUUGAUCCUGCGCACUGAACUAUUUGGAUAUAGCACAGAUGACCUUCCGACUGCUAUCUGGGUAUCAGGCGAUACGAUCUAUCUAGAGGAGCUGGUCGAGAUGAAGAAGAAGUUCCAUAUCGUUAUGGCCGUGGUGAAUCUGGGUGCCGCCAAGGUGGAGUAUUCAGGUGCAAGUAAGCCAUUGCUGAUUGGCAUGGGAGGAAAUGAUGCUGCACGGUUAGUGCGGGAAAUUGGAAUUGGUAUUACCGUGCCUGUUCAUUAUGAGUCUUGGGGUCAUUUUUACCGAGUUUGGAGGGGAGUUGAGGAAGGCUUAUGAGGCCGAGGGAGUACUGGCUAAAGCGUGCUGGAUGGAUGUGAGGGAAAGAAUCGGAUUGUGUAGAUAAAUG